AUGCUCAGCCAAGAUGCCAGAGACAACUUUCUCCACCGCUGCUGUGUGCAAAUAUCGUCUGAUCUUAGCAAUGAGACAGUACUGGCGUCGGAAAUACAGCAUACACUUCGUUUCGUGAAUGAACAUGCUCAGGCACAUCCCAAGGAGAUUACUCGGGCACUAGUGUGGCGUGUUGUAGACACGGAAAAGACUGAACUGGACGAUCGUGUGGGGGCAUGGCUUCUGCUUAAUGCCGUGUUGAUGUAUUGCACCGAAGAGAAACGUUUGCACCUCUGCGCUUCAAUCAUCGAAGAGAUAAACUCAUUCCUCCCAGACCUCAUUGCCCACCACUGGUGUUUUGGGCGCAACACGUCGCGGUUAGACACUCUAGGUGCCAACGGGGGUUCUACCAACGGGGAAGAUGUGCUCGAUGCGUAUGGUCCCGGAGUGGUGGCCGCUUUAUUUGCUGAUAAGAAUGCGUCACCGUCGCGGUCCAAAGAGUUACGCAGCAAGGGCCUUGAGCUCCUUGAAACGUGGAAGAAGGUGUGGAGGGGUGAUGUUUAUCAGCGGCUCAAGCAAGCCACCCGUACGGCGGAACAGAGGGGAUCGAAGGCAACAAAAGAUGGAUCGGAGCGGCUUCGCGUUCCUCCCGAUUUUAGAGACAGCCUCCAUCGUCUUCGACGUCGAAAAUCACGGCCGUCUUUAUCGCAUCAUUUGCUUAGGUGCUACGGAUGGACACCCCCUGCUCCAGCGGCGGCAGAAGCUCCAGUCCAGGAAUCUGGUGAUGUUGCCGCUGCUGGUGCGGUGAUGGGAGACAUCGCCCCAAUGAGCAACAGCAGCUACAUCAAGACCUGCCUUCCUGUACCCGCGUCCACAGUGGAGGUUGAUGCGUUAGAUACUGUCAUGCACCCACACGCACGGAUGUGGUUACACGAACUGGUAGAAAAAAAAGGUGGCUGCCCUCGGUGUGAUGUGUGGACGCAUACGGAGGCACAAUGUCCCUGUGAACGACCGUUUGUGCGGUUCCCCAUGAUCACGGCAAACGGUCAGCAGAAUAACUAUCGCCGCUCUCACUAUUAUAGCUUGCUUCAAAAAGACCGUGGAGGUGUGUCUCGCAGGAAUGCGGCGGAAAUAUUAUUUAAGCAUAGAAUUCGGCUUCCCCUCGUAUACGAGGAGGCGCUGGACUGUAUUGUGAAUCUAAUUAAAAAUGCCGAGCCGUACGACCAAUUGCUCGAUGCGUUUGAUACCGUGCGGGGUGCCACCACUGGCCCGCGCGAGCGACAUGCGAUGUGGAUUCACGCAAGCUAUGGUAUCCUGCCCUCCUCUACAGUAUUUGGUAAACCGAAUGACGAGGCUCUAAGCCCUGCGAUGGAGCGUGUGCAUGGAUUCCUAAAAAAAAGUCGUCGCUUCCGAGAGUGGGAUCAGCUGCUGCAGAGCGUAGAGGUGCUGGACAUCCACUUUCGUCAAGCGAAAUUACCGGCUCAAAUGUACCAAAGCAUAAAGGAAGUGCAAGAAACAAAUUCAUUCUUUCACUGCCUUAUUGACGGCUCCCUUCCGGAGGAAUACCCCCCGGACUUGUAUGCAUGUGUACCAACGGAAGUGCAACUACUACGACCCGUAAAAGAUAUACUCUGCUACAACUGCUUAGAGCCUUUUCAUGCUGCUACCCACUGCACGAGAAGAAAGGAACCUUGGGAUUUGCAUGUUGCACGGAACCUGCUAAAGGAACAUAACCUUUUGGCGAUGAAAUACCCAGAGGAAAGCCAUCUUCUUGAGGAGGCUCUUAAAGCCAUUGAUAUGAGUGACCGAAAGGCAAAACGUUUCCGCAAGGAUGAGCUUUUUCUUGCUGUAAAGCUGAUUAACGACAACCGGAUUCCAUACUGCAAAACUUGUGAUGCUAUGGGGCACGGUACCCGUUGGUGUGAAGUGGAGGCACGUCGGGUGUUGGAGCAGCAUCAUUUGAAGGUGAUCGAUAUACGACUUAAUCCGGGUUUGGUGCAAGACCGAAUUCAACGUUUGCGGGCUGACCGUAACGUACGAGAUUCCUCUCGGCUGUCGGAUGCGUGGGAGGUCCUGGGAAAAGAUAAAGCAUACCCGGAGAGUUUCCUGACGGCGAUUAAAGAACUCACAGACGCACGUAUUCCUCUUGCUGCCGCCCGUUACAGUACAGCUACCGUUCGGGCAUUCCUACUGUAUGUUAAAUCAAACGAUCUUCUUCAACACCUUGCACAGUUGCAAGUUGAUAACUUUCCAGAUGUAUGUCUCUUCUGUGAUUCCUACUACCAUGCCUCUGAGGACUGUGAGAAGGCGAAGGACGAGGAGCGUGGCUUUCUCCGCGAGGUGCGCUAUAAUGGCUUGACCUUAUGGGAAUACUUGCGCAAGGAAGAGUGGUACAACAGACACUUCCCAACUGAUUUUACCAAAGGCCAAGAGGCGGUCGUUAGGUUGGCGAACCAAUUCAAGGAUGAUUAUAGCCCAGGAGGUGUUGGGCGUAGGAUGUUCGAGGAGUAUCACAACCUUUCUAACACUUUUGUGGAUCGACGAUAUGGAGAGAACUCGAAACAUGCUGCGGUUUUAGCCCACGAGAGUCGACAUCAACAUAACAAAUGGAACCUGGGCAUUAACCACGCCCCCAAUCCACUUGAUACGCCCUUAUCCCAGUUAGUGCUUUGUUCUGAUGCCGAUGCCGGGGGUGAGCAGGUGCCUUCAGAUGAAAUUGGGGUACUGGAGAUGAACAGUAGUUUUGUUGAGGCAAAUAUCAAUAGCAACGGCAGCAGCAACCAGGUGGACAACUUUUCGGGUUACAAUCGUGGCGGUCUCUUGGAGACUCCAAAUAUAGGCGAGCUUAUGCCUAUUGGAAGCGAUGUAGAAGGAGGAAUGCGCAGGUCAUUGUUACCACCACCGGUACAAGAAAUAGAAACCUUCACUACAAGUGCUUUAAUGGAGCCAAGUAAAAAAAGGAGUCGUGAGGCUGAUGGAAAUGACUUUGGCGGCGGUGAAUCACUUUUUUAA